AUGACUGAGCCGAGCCCGAAGCCGAGCCUGUCCCCUCCCAGGCGAACCUGUAGCCCCGUGUCUCCUGGUGCUGCUAAACGUCUGUAUCGCAAUCUUUCAGAACGCUUCAAAGGGAGUCACUCCUCCUUCGAUGAUCCAGUGACCCUCCCAAAGGUGGAGAACGAGAGGCUGAGGACACUAUCCUGGAGUUCCCAGUGUAGUGAGGUGAUGUUUGAAGCUGUUGAGCAGCAGGAUCUUGACACUGUGCAGUUGUUGCUCCGUCACUACAGUGUGCAUGAGCUGGAUCUGAACACUCCCAAUCGGGACGGUCUAACGCCAUUGGACAUCGCUAUCAUGACCAAUCAGGUGGCUAUUGCUCAGAGUCUCCUGAGGGCUGGAGCCAAUGAGAGUCCGCACUUUAUUAAUGUGGAUAGCAGAGACAGGCACCUAACACACCUCAUCCAGCAGGCAGAGGAACUUCUGAAUGACCUGUCCUCUGAGAAGCUGAACAAUUCACUCAGCCACAACAACGCAGAGAAACAGAAACAACGUCGAGCCUGCGAGUCACGAUACAAACUGUACAAACAAAUGAAAGCACAGGUUACAACAGCAAUGGUCCCUGGCCCUCCGAAUAAUGUCUGUCUCACUGUGACGAGCAGUACCUCACUGACUGUGACAUUUGAGGAGCCACUGAGUGUGAACCCCGCUUUGAUCACCAGAUACAAAGUGGAGUGGAACUGUUUGCUGGAUUCCUCGGUGGAAUGUGGGGAGCUCCUGCUGGAAGAUCUCAGCACUCUAAGAUGUACGAUUACAGGACUCGUGACGGGUCAAGGUUAUUAUGUCCGAGUCUCAGCUGCCAAUAUGAAGGGCUGGGGCUCCCCACAAACUGCCAGUCCAGCAUUCGCUGUUCCAUCCAAUUGGAAGGAGCUUGAAGAAAGGGAGCCCAGGUUCAGAGACCAAACCGAACAACUGGAACACCUGCUCAAACGUGUGCGAGCAGAACACGAGAAUUAUAACGACAAAGAAGAUGUAAAGCGGCAACAUUCCUGCCGGAAGCCAUCGGUAUCACGGAGUCUGAAACAUCUCUUUCAUUCCUCCAGCAAGUUUGUGAAAACCUUAAAAAGAGGAAUGUACAUCACUGUUAUCUUCCACUACAAGGACAACGUCCUGCUCACAAACGAAGACCAGAUCCCAAUGAUGGAAAUAGACGAUUCCUGUUCUGGAUCCUUGAUGCAGGACUUUCUCUGGUUUACAAAGCUGUCCUGCACGUGGGAAGAGGUCAGAUGGUUGCGACAGAAUCUCGCUGUUUCCACCUCGCCCUCCUCAGGCCUGCAGUCAAGGCACAAGAUGUUGAAUGCAGCAGCUCAGUUGCAGACAUUACUUGGUACCCAGAACCUGGGCAGAGUUUAUUAUGAGCCCAUCAAGGAUCGACAUGGGAAUGUGCUGUUGGUAACAGUACGGGAGCUCGAGACUCAGUGCUCCUUCAUCACUGGCAAGUGGAUACAAAUCGCCAAGUUUCAGAACCAGAGGAAAUCAAUGUCCACACUUGAGGAGCCAACAGCACUUGACGUGUUACUCAUAACAAUCCAGGAUGUCCUGUCCUAUUCCAAGAGGAGUCGGAGGAGACUGAGUCCUGGGCUGUAUUUAGGUUAUUUGAAGCUGUGCAGUUCUGUGAAUCAGAUCAAGGUGAUGGUCCCAACCAGGAUGCCCAACAUGCUCUGCCACAUGAAGGUGUGUGACAACAGCAAUGUUUCCAGAGAGGACUGGGAGUGGAUGAGGAGUCUAUCGGAACAGGAGGGGCUCAGUGGUGGAGGAGAGGCCACAGUUACAAAGCCCCGACUUUUCUUUGAGCUGCAGGCAGCUGUGCGAGCCUUAUUCGAGCAUAUCGACCUCCCCCUGCAGCAGGUGCAGCGGUUCCGUGUCUACACUCAGGAGGUGCUGGAACUCAGUCCCGACAUUGCCUUCCUCCUGCUCCUGCCGUCCUCUGACUCAGUCUGCGCUGCCCCUGGACAACACAAUCCUUCUCAUCAUCGCAGCAACUUCCUCUACCUCCCGCUGCAGAUGUUUGAAAUCGUUCACUUCAGCUGCUACAGGGAGAGAUUCAUGAACCUGUACUGCCAUGUGUCAACAUUAUUGGAGCUGGACUCCCUCAUUUCCCAGCAGGCAUUGCGAGAGGCAAUAACAGAUGAAGAACUGCAAUCUGCAAAAAACCGGCACAAACAGGUGUCAGAAUCAAUCCAGCAACUGGAUGUGAUUUGGAGAAGUGUGCGCUGGAUUCCGGAUGUUUUGCACUAUGCCCGCUACAAACAUUCAUCUGGAGGCCUCCCCAUCACAUGGUUCAUCGGAUUCCCAGGGGAAACUCCUCAGGAGAAGGACUCCACCUCUUCCCACCUGGACGAUCCACCUUCCCAAUCAUCCUCACCAGAAAACCAACAGAGGAAAGUUCAGAGUGGCUCCCAGCCCUGCUCUGACGAUGACGCCUGUUCUGAGGUAUUCCUUCCCACUGACAGUGACUAUGAUUCGAGUGAUCCUCUGAGUCCCCGUGAGCUGCAGUCUUCUCCUGCUCCAUUCAGGAACCCAGGCAGUUGCCGAUUAAGUGGCAGUGCCCCAGAUGUUCUCCAGGUGAAUGAGCUGCGACUGAAAGGUGACUGUGAACAACUGAGCAGUUUCCGAGGAGUGAGUGAGCCUGCUUCAGACUACAGCCAGGACUUGACCAGGGGAGCAGUCAACAAGGUCUUCAUGGAGAAAGCACCAACAAACACCCGAUCUGUUAGUGAGACUCAGCCCAGAGUACCUCGGUAUCAGAAACAUCGGCACUUUAACCAGAACAAGUGGCUGUGUUUCCACCCAGAACCCGAGUGCCUCAGCCUGUCACUAGGGGUCUAUAAACACAGACCGGAGCCUGAACUAUCCUCCUCAAAAUCACCCUGUCUGGCCCAGGAUCUCAGCAUUGCUGAAAGCACCAGGGUAAUCCUGGAAGAAUCGAAAUCGAGUGACAGAGGAAUCAUGAUGGAUCUGAGUCAGAAAGGCAGUUCCCAGGAAGAGUCUAGCACAUUGUCCUUGAGUAUCUGCAGCCCUCAGUCCCAGGGUGCUGAGCUUACAGCCCUGGAGACUGACUGUGACGCACUGGGUGACACUCAGGGCUCGGAUGUAGUCAGCAGUGUUCUGUAG